AUGUGCGGAAGAUAUGCCCUCGCCCUGCGCCCGUCGCAGGUGCGCCGUAUGCUACAGGACGAUGAUAUGCCAGUAUGGGAUGCUCCUGCUGACGAGGGUGAUGGCGCUCCACGCCAGAGCUACAACUUUGCGCCUGGGUACCACGGCAUCGUGUAUCGCGCGGAUGUGCCCGACUGGGGAGCCGGUCCGCGUCGCGAGGCCAAAUCCAGCAAGGGCGCAAAAGCCGCGGCAGAGGACCCGUCUGCAGAUUCAGAGACCGCAACUCAUGAUGAACCUGCUGAGAUAGAGGCCGAUGGCAACGGGGAAAGCGGCGAGACGCACUAUAAGCUCCAGUCGAUGAAGUGGGGCCUUAUCCCCUUCUGGACGAAGCGGAACCCAGACUAUGGGGCGAUGAUGAAGACGAUCAAUUGCCGAGAUGACUCCCUUGCCCAAUCAGGUGGAAUGUGGAGCUCUAUGAAGGGCCGUAAGAGGUGUAUCGUCGUGGCGCAGGGGUUCUACGAAUGGCUGAAGAAUGGCAAGGACAAGAUGCCGCACUUUGUGAAGCGCAAAGACGGGCGUCUGAUGUGCUUUGCUGGGCUUUGGGACUGCGUACAGUAUGAUGAAGGUGGUCUGACCGGUGUAGAUGACGACCAAAAACACUACACUUACACUAUCAUCACGACCGACUCGAAUAAACAGCUCAAAUUCCUUCAUGACCGCAUGCCUGUCAUCCUAGAUCCCGCCUCGGACAAGAUGAAGACUUGGCUCGAUCCUCAACGUUUCGAGUGGUCGAAAGGUCUGCAGGACUGUCUCAAACCAUUCGACGGUGAGUUGGAAUGCUACCCUGUGAGUAAGGAGGUGGGUAAAGUUGGGAAUAAUUCUCCCACGUUCAUCAUCCCUAUCGCGAGCAAGGAGAAUAAGAGCAAUAUCGCCAACUUCUUCGCCAAUGCCAAGGCGAAGAAGGAGGCACCCCAGGCCGAUGUGGAGGUCAAGAAGGAGGAAGAAGGCAAGGAGGAGACUAGUGAGACAAAGACAGUAGAGGAUCUCGCUGAGACGGUGAAUGAUGGCGGAAUGGGCAUCUCAGCUUCCCCAGGAACGAAGAGGAAAGCAGACCCAGGUUCAGAAGAUGAGCAAGGUCCUCCGUCCAAAAAGGCGCCUAUUUCUACGUCUCCAGCAAAGGUCACAACGUCUCCCUCUCCUUCUCCGAGCAAGGCGGCCCAGAAGAGCACCAGAGUCAUCAGUGCGACGAGCAAUGGCACCAAGAGUCCUGCUAAAGCAAAGUCGAGUGGGACGCAGAAGAUCACGAAGUUCUUUGGUAACAGUGCUUGA